UUAAUAAACACAAAUUAUUGUUUAUUACUAGUUAAAGUAUCGGUCAAAACCGACCAUGGUUUACUUACACUUUCCUUCAAAUUUAACAGAGGAAGAAUUGAUGCUACAAGCAAAAUACCAGAAGCUGAAAAAGAAGAAAAAAGCUUUGCAGGCAUUAAAAGCACCUAAACAAGAGCCUGAGAAGCCUGUGUUGCCGAAACGGCCUACAGAAGCUCGUGACGCACGUGAAAUUGCAAGGAAACUGAUCAAAAGUGGAGCCAUUCAGGCUAUAAAGAGUCCACCUCCACAACCUCAAAAUGCAACAUUCAAGCGCCCACGAGCCGGACGAGAGCGCAAACUCAGUGGAUCUGCUAGCGCAGCUGGUGGUGUAGCCUCUUAUCAACCAUUUAGUGCUUCUCAAGAACCCCCUCCUCCUGAAGAGAAAGCAGCCCCUCGAGUGAAAUAUUUGUACGAUUCAUUUGUGACAGCCAGAGAAAAGGAAGAGCAGGCAAGUAAAACUCCUCGCAGCCAUGGCAAUAAUAGUGACAGUCCUGCUCCUGCAGGGCUCAAAAACUGCACAUUGCAAGUCACGGGGGCCCGGAUUACUGAAGAAGUCAUGAGGCGUCGCUUGGCUACAUUUGAGCCAUUCACAUACACACAGGAAGGAGAUGAAGAGAAAGUUUUCUUAACAUUUGAAACUAUAGAGAUAGCAGGGCAUGCUCAAACAGCUUUAGAAGGGACUGAGGAAGGUUGGAGAGUAGUCCCAGCUCGCAGGCCGCCUCAAACUGGAGGCUGGACCCCCGCUGCAUCUCCCCGCAACCCACCACCACCCAAGGACAUGAAGCGCACAUUACUGACUUAUGAUGACAUUUUUGAUUGAAUAAAAUACUUCGAGUUUCUA